CUCAACUUACUCCCUUGAAAUAUAGCAACUGUUUCUUUCUGUGACUUUUUAACUCAAACAACAUUUCUUUCUAAACAUGUUGCCCAUGUGGGAGGGUCGGUGGUGAUGUGGGGGUUGUGCAGGCUAACGCCAUGGGGAAGGGCUAUACCCACUGCAAGAAAUACUUAGCCAUUGUAAUAAACUAUAAAACAUCCACAAAGCAAAAACAAGAAGGAAAGAAACAGCACUGGUAAAUAUUUUGUUCUUGUUAUUAAUAUAUAUAUUUAUUUAAAUAGGCCUCUAAUAUCUAAUGUCUUAAUUUGCACUGGAAACAUUAACAUUACUUUAUUAAAUAAUAAAACAUGUAUGUCAUGCCAUGUUUUUAUGACUUAUCCAUACACCAAAUAACCUUUUAGGUGUAGGUAUUUUUUGCAGUGUAUCCGCUUUACGCACACGCUUUUUGAAAUUCGAUUCGCGUUUAUAAAGCCCGGGCAGCCGCCACAAGUCACAGAGCAACGGAUUCCUUUCUGCGAGCAUCAGGUAGCUCCUUAUACGGAUUUGGAGAGGCACCUCACAGCCCCUGGCAUUGUAUCUGCUAGGGCGCACGGAGGGACAGUGCCAUGCACACUCCUGCGUUGCUCCUGAGCGAAGGGAACCAGUCUCUGGUGUUCAGUCCCUGGAAUGACCUAACGAUGGAAAAGCCUGGAAACAACACCGUCCACACGAACGGCUCGGAUCAAUUUGCGCGCAACGAGGAUGUGGCCCAAAUUGAGAUCAUGGUCCUGAGUAUCACCUUCGUGGUGGCUGUGAUUGGGAAUGUGAGCGUCCUGCUGGCAAUGUACAGCACGAAGAAGAAGAUGUCUCGCAUGCACCUUUUCAUCAAACACCUCAGCCUGGCUGACCUGGUGGUAGCCUUCUUCCAGGUGCUGCCGCAGCUCUGCUGGGACAUCACCUUCCGCUUCUACGGUCCAGACUUUCUCUGCAGGAUAGUCAAGCACCUCCAGGUGAUGGGGAUGUUUGCGUCCACCUAUAUGAUGGUGAUGAUGACCCUGGACCGUUACAUUGCCAUCUGCCACCCUCUGAAAACCCUCCAGCAGCCCACCCAGCGCUCCUACAUCAUGAUCAUCUCCACGUGGAUGUGCAGCCUGGUGUUCAGCACUCCGCAGUACUUCAUCUUCUCCGUGAGCGAGGUCAAGAACGGCUCGGGCGUCUACGACUGCUGGGCUUACUUUAUCGAGCCGUGGGGCGCCAAGGCGUACAUCACCUGGAUAACUGUGGGCAUCUUCCUCGUGCCCGUGGUGAUCCUCAUGAUGUGCUACGGGUUCAUCUGCCACAGCAUAUGGAAAAAUAUCAAAUACAAGAAAAGGAAAUCGACGGGUGGUGCUGUGAGCAAGAAGGGGCUGAUUGGGAAGAAUUCAGUCAGCAGCAUUACAACGAUAUCAAGAGCCAAACUGAGGACUGUUAAAAUGACUUUUGUGAUCGUGUUGGCGUAUAUUGUUUGCUGGGGGCCGUUUUUCAUCGUGCAGAUGUGGUCUGUGUGGGAUGAAAACUUCCAGUAUGCCGAUUCUGAGAACACAGCAGUGACUCUGUCUGCGCUCCUUGCCAGUCUCAACAGCUGCUGUAACCCGUGGAUAUACAUGAUCUUCAGUGGUCACCUCCUGCAGGAUUUUCUGCACUGCUUCUCCUGCUUCCUCAGAAUUAACACUGACUUCAAGAAGGAGGACUCAGACAGCAGUAUCCGCAGAACAACAUUACUGACUAGGAUGACCAAUCGGAGCCCCACGGGCAGUUCUGGCAACUGGAGAGAGCUGGACAUGUCUCCCAAGUCCUCCAUUCAGGCGGAGUAAACCUGCAGCCAGGCAUCUCUGUUGACUGGUGUGGGGAUGAAAACAUGUCAGGGAGUGGCAUCAAGGUGCACAUACAGUACAGUAUCAGCUCAUCUUAACCCUGGGCAUGACUGACUGUGACUGAAAUGUCCCCCAAACUCCAAAACGUUUAAAGCACAUGAAGCUUUUUUUGCAUGGAAAUCAGGAAAUAUGGUGUCGACUGAGAAUUUUGCAACACGGACAGAAAAUAUUGGCACAUUAUCCGUGUCUUCUUGAUAGAUUAUGUGUGCAAAAGUGUUCUUUUUUCACAGAAUCUUCGCAAAAAUAUUAGAAAAACAUUGGGUAACAAAGUUUUUAUCACAAUUGUUUGUAAAAGCACAAGACGCAGAGAAUUGCGCAACAUUUUCUUGAACUCCGUUGAAUUACUUGAACAUUUGAAAGCCCCAAGUACAAUAGUCAAGAGUCCCAAUAGGGUUUUCUUUUUGAAAACAGUUUUCCAGGAAUACUCGUGCUUUUACUGGUGGUUAUGUUUCCCUGCAGUGCUGCCGAACACCCUUUUCCUGUUGGAGUGUUUACAGAGAUAAAACUUACAUGGCAGCCAGGAGGCGUGCGGUGGUGAAAGCUUCUCUUCCAGACCGCACGUCUCUAAGAAACCGAGGCAGUCAGCUCAUCUUUUGUGUGUAGCUUUCCACCUUGUUGUUUUACUCAUAUUUUAGCAGCUUAUGUAAAAAAAAAGAAACCUUUCCUUUGACCUAUGACCAAAAAAAAGAAGAAGAAAAACAAUGGGUGUGUGGGGUUUAGGUUACAUCUGUUAAUCAGGCUGUUGCGUGAAUUCACAUUUAAUGUUGCAGCUGGGAGUCACUCACAUUUCUUUUUCAGCAGAGGCAAUAAAAUAGCAGGACAUUAGUGGAGUCUACCUACCGACCCACAGGCCCCUCCCACAAAAUGUUGUGGAGAAGCUUACACAUUCCUCACACUCCACGUCAACACGCUUCCUGAUUUUUUUCCGGACAUCCUGCACCAAUUAGGGGAUCUACAGUAUACGUUUUGUCUUCAUUUGCACUCCAGACGAAAACAAUCUCCUGCACAUUAAUGCGUAAUAGUUGUCAGACCACUAUUAGAACAUGAAUGUUAUGAUGUAUCAAGACAUCUCUAUCAGACUGUACAGAAUAUUUGUAUAGAAAAGGCCCUUAGAAAUCUGUAAAUAGGAAUAUUAUAUGUAAAUCUUGUUCAACAUGAAUUAUACGUGUCUGUAAUGGCUUGUGUAAAUUGAAAAUAAUCUAAAUAUCUAAAUAUAUGUUGAAAUACACAUAUUGAUGCACUGAUUAGUACUCUGGCUUGGACUCCUGUUUUCACAACCACGGCAUGGGUGGUUUGCUUUGUUUAUGCUUCAUGCAGUUGCUACACAACCAUUAAUCUCCGGUGUUUAUUUUUGCAGAAAAUUGAGCAAUUUUAAAUGUAUAUCUGUAGCCAAUCUAAGCACUAAUAAGCUGCCAAGCUCUGGAAUGAUGCCUUUAUUAUGACCUUUCAAUUGAAAACGAUGUGAAAGAGAAGUUCUGUUAAUGGAUGGCUUUUAGUCAACAAGCUGUCCACCUCCAUAAAUCUUAUAAUAUAUGAACAUAAAAUGUAAUGGCCUGUAAAGCUGUUGAAUGUAAAUUGUCUGUCUCACUUAAAAGUCUAAACAAAGAAAGACAGAGAUCUCAAAACAAGUGUAAAUAAAAGCAAAUCUGCAUGGCUCAUACUCUGAAAA